UAAAGCCCCGCAGGAUUUAAAGAUUUGGGAUAAUCUUUUGAUUCGUAACAUGACCAUUGCAAGCAUGGAUGAACAGGAAACAAUCCAUACUGCAGUGAAACGAGGUGAUUUUGUGGCACUCAAAGGAAUGAUUUCGAGUGGAGCCAGUGUAAAUGAAGUAGAUAAACAUUCGUUUACACCUUUACAUUGGGCUGCUAACGUAGGUGCAAUAGAGAUUCUACAAUAUCUACUGUGGAAAAAUGCUGAUCCUUCAUUGGUGACUAAAAGUGGUUGGACACCCGUUCAUAUAGCUGCCAUCCGAGGCUAUGAGAAAUGUAUACAGUCACUGGUUGACAGAGGUGUGAGUGUCUCUGCUAAAGACAAAUACGGUCAGACUCCUGGCCAUCUGGCUUCAAUACAUGGAAAUUCCGGUAGCCUUUUAACCCUCCUACGCGCUGGUGCUGAUCUUGAAACAGUGGAUAUUAGUGGAUGGACAAUGUUACAUGCAGCUUCAUUUCACGGACGAUUAGGAUGUGUUCAAGUGUUACUCAGGUGGGACCUGCGAAUAGAGGAUACUGACAAAGCUGGAAACAAUGCUGCUCAUCUAGCAGCAAUGGAAGGUCAUUUACCUGUGUUGCAGUAUUUAAUGAGUCAAGUCCAAACUCCAUUGUACAUACUCGACACUCCCAAUGAUCAUGGAGAAACUGCUGAAGCUUUAGCUAAACGGUUUUUGAAAAACGAUGUUGAAUCGUAUAUAAAUAAAAUCAAAACAGAACAGACAUUCCAUAGAGGAUCAGAAUACUCAGAGACAUUGGCGUUUCCAGCACAUGCGGCGGCUUAUUCUGGGGACUUAAUCCAACUACGUGUUUUAAUAGAGUCAGGGACUGUAAAGAUAGAUGAAAGAGAUGAACAGGGUGCAACACCAUUACACAAAGCUGCUGGUCAAGGACACCUGAAGAUAAUUCAGUGGCUUCGAGAAAACGGUGCUGAUCCAAAAUUAAGAAAUGAACUGGGUGAAUCACCAGCCGAUGUAGCUAGAAGGUAUGGUCAUUUAGGAGCGCUAAAACUUUUAUCACCUAAAUCCGAUGGAGAAUAUGAGAAUGAAGAAAUUUCAGAUAUUAUAGAUUUACCAUCUGAUAUUCCGCUUGGUUAUACUGAAGGUGAAAAAAUGCAUCAGCUCAUAGUGGAUAAAAAUGGCGCAAUCGGUAGAGCUAAAAUUAGAAUUGAAAAAUUAGAACGUUUGUUAGAAUUGGCUAAAUCAGAUUAUAAGCAACUAGAUGGUCCGAUAGAGAAAGAAGAAAAACAAAGAAUCGAUGCCUUAAAUGAACUCGGCCGGUAUGUAUUUUUUUCAAACAUAUAUUUAAUAUAGCUGUUGAAUAGGAUCAAAGUCAAUUGAGAAAUAUAAGAUACAACUCAUAGAUCAUUAAGGCAAAAUUGUGUCGAUCUUCAGAUAUCAGUCCAUCAGAAAUAAAUAAAAUAAUGUUUCUCAUUAAAAGAAUAACUACUACACGAGAGAUAUAAAAAGAAGCAUUCAAUCAUAAAAAACAAUGGGGGAAACAAUAUGAAGCAAUAUGUUACUAUUAAAUAGAAUGUUAAGUGUCACCUCAAUUUAUACCCUUCAAUAGACAAAAUACUAUCAUAGGAAUUUAAGACAGGUAAUAUUCGUGAUUUAAUAAUGGUGAUGAUAAUUCGGUUUAUUUAUAAAGUGUCAUGAGCUGUAAGCUGCUUCUGAUAUCAUGUCAUCAUUUUUAGAUUUAUGGUUUAAUACUACUUGGUUAAUGGGAUCGUAUUCGUGCGAUUUUGAUAUUUUUUAGAACAGAACUUUUCAUCUCAUAUUCAUUUAUAGAAUGAAUAUUGUGCUUUAAAACCACUGACAAAACUAAGAAAAUGAAAUUAACUAGAUUUUACUUUUAAUGUAUAUCGUUACUCCGUAUAUCUGUGCUAAACAAAUUAUUGUUCACUAAACACAUUGUUCACGUCAUUAUCGGUGUGUUCAUCUAUUCUCUUCACUAUUCUCCUCUCAUUCUAACGACAAGUCUAGACAGUUACACAAAAUUGUGCUAUCUACAAUUAAGCUAUACUCCGAUUCCCUUUUGUCACUUAAUUAGAUAUAAUUUUAAUUAACUUAACUGACAUAUUCAAACUUAAAAAUAUCACUAGACUUGGACUUCAUUUUGUGACUGUUUAAUAGGCAAACCUCACUUUUAGCCUGAGAUGGAUUUGUUCCGUUCAUCAUAAACACAUUUUAUUGGAAUGCUUUUCUCUUCAAACUUGUUGCAUAUUAUUUGAC